CCCCCGCCGCCGGGCAGAGGGAGACAAAAGCCCUUUGUGAGCCGGGCUGGGGGCGGAUGGAGGCGCCCGCCGUCCCUGCGCGGAAAGGACCUGGCUCCUGCUGCCGCCAAGGGGCUUUGCGCUGGGCUCGGGGGUCCCUACGCUCGCCCUGACAUGCGGCGCCGCACGCUGCCCCUGCCCUGCCUCCUACCUGCGAAGGGUGCGCCCCUCCUCCUGCUUCUCCUCCUCCUCCUCCGCAGCCGCCCGAGCCCGCGGCGGGGCUGAGAGCGAGCGAGCCGCUCAGCCGAGACUUGGCCGCCAGGACAGGGAGAGGUGCCGUCUGCUUCGCAUUAUGUGGAUCCCACUCCUGGCUUUUCUUACUGCUGGAAUCGUCUCUCUGCAGAAAUGCCAACGAGGGCCUGGCCCCAUGCUGCGGGCAGCCCGUGUGCUCGCAGCUGUGCCGGGGCUGUGCCAGCGCCCAGAAAACAGAUGUGCCACUUCAAAUACACUAACGUGCACAAUGUGUCUUGCCCUGGGCCCAGAGUGUGGAUGGUGUUCUCAAGAGGAUUUCAUGGCAGGAGCAACACAGAAGGGACGAUGUGACAUGGUUUUUAAUUUAAUAAAAAAAGGCUGCCAAUCAGAAUUUAUAGAAAAUCCCACCAUUCGUGUAACAAUACCCAGCGACCACAAGACAAAUACACAAGUAACACCGGGGGAGGUUUCAAUCCAACUGCGUCCAGGAGGUAAAGCAAGCUUUAUGUUAAAAGUCCAUCCUCUAGAGAAGUAUCCGGUGGACCUUUAUUAUUUAGUUGAUGUCUCAGCUUCUAUGCACAACAACAUAGAAAAAUUAAAUUCUGUUGGAUUUGAUUUAUCUAAAAAGAUGGCAAAUAUUUCUCUUGAUUUUCGACUUGGCUUUGGAUCAUAUGUGGACAAGACUGUGUCACCCUAUAUUAGCAUUCACCCAGAAAGAAUCCAUAAUCAGUGCAGUGAUUAUAAUUUAGAUUGUAUGCCACCUCAUGGCUACAUUCAUGUGCUAUCUCUGACUGACAACAUAGCAGAGUUCAAAAAUGCAGUGAAUAAACAAAAGAUCUCUGGGAAUAUUGAUACACCUGAAGGAGGGUUUGAUGCUAUGCUUCAGGCAGCUGUGUGCCAGAGCCAUAUUGGUUGGCGCAAAGAAGCAAAGCGAUUACUUCUUGUGAUGACAGAUCAGACCUCUCAUCUGGCCCUUGAUAGUAAAUUGGCCGGGAUAGUAAUUCCCAAUGAUGGAAAUUGCCAUCUGAAAGAUAAUGUGUACAUCAAAGCUACAAGUAUGGAACAUCCAUCGCUUGGGCAACUUUCUGAAAAACUGAUAGACAACAACAUCAAUGUUAUUUUUGCAGUUCAAGGAAACCAGUUUCACUGGUAUAAGGAUCUUUUGCCUCUGUUGCCUGGUACUGUCGCAAGACAAAUAGAAUCGCAAGCAGCUAAUCUCAAUGAUUUGGUGGUAGAAGCCUAUCAGAAACUAAUCUCUGAAGUGAAAAUUCAGGUGGAUAACCAGAUCCAAGAUCUACACUUUAACAUAACUGCAAUCUGUCCUGAUGGAAGUAGAAAAACAGGCAUGGAAGGAUGCAAAAAUGUGGCCUAUAAUGAAGAAGUGCUUUUUAAUGUAUCAGUUGCAAUGAAAGGAUGUGGUCCAACUGAAGGAAGAAAAUAUGUGAUAAUCAAACCUAUUGGUUUCAAUGAAACCACCAUAAUUAAUAUAUAUAAAAACUGUGCCUGUCAGUGUGAGGACAGUGCAAGGCACAAAAGAAUAUGUGUCGAUGAAACUUUUCUCGAUGGUGAAAGCACCCAUUGCGAAGACACUAACUGUAGUUCCAGUGAAGAUACGUUUCCUUUUGAGAGAUGUAAGUUGCACCCGGACCAGCCCAUCUGCAGUGGUCAAGGAGACUGCAUAGGUGGAAGAUGUCUCUGUCACAAAACCAGGGUGGGCAAAGUGUAUGGCAAAUACUGUGAAAUGGAUGACUUUUCUUGCCCGUAUUACCAUGGAAACCUGUGUGCUGGCAAUGGUGAAUGUGAAGCUGGUAAAUGUAAAUGCUUUCGCGGCUGGGAAGGUGACCGCUGUCAGUGUUCACUAUUGACAGCAAAACAUUGCAUGAAUUCCAAAGGCCAGAUUUGCAGUGGAAGAGGAGCAUGUGUAUGUGGAAAAUGCGAGUGCACUGAUCCAAGGAGUUUUGGCCGGUUUUGUGAAUAUUGCCCUACUUGUAACAAUGCCUGUGACGAAAACAGGAAUUGUGUUCAGUGCCAUUAUUCUAACAAUGCAUCACAAACUACACAUGACCAGUGCAAAACCUCAUGUGCUUAUAUGGUGCAUUAUAUUGAUCCCGCAUCAGAAUGUUUCUCUGACCCAAACUACUUUAGAAUCUUUUUCAUAAUCUUUAUAGUUACAUUUCUGAUUGGGUUGCUUACUGUACUUAUCAUCAGGCAGAUAAUUCUACAGUGGAAUAGCAAUAAAGUUAAAUCUUCCUCAGAUUACAGAGCAUCUGCAACAAAGAAGGAUAAGAUGUUUUUGCCUACUGUUUGUACGAGAACAGUAACAUACAGACGUGACAAACCAGAAGAAAUAAAUAUCGACAUCAGCAAGUUACGAUUAAAUGAAACUUUCAAGUGCGAGUUCUGAAGACUGUUUUCUGCAAAUCUCUAUUUCCAUCAUUUUCUAAUUUUAAAAAGCUAUCUUAUUUUUACUGUGUAAGAGUCUUGACUGAUGCUAUUUGUUUUUGUGGCAUGCAUUUUUUGAAUACUGUAACAAACCAACAUGUAAGCAUAGUCACAUAAUGUGACUACGUUUGAAGUUAUGGCUGCUGUAUUUUAUGAAAGAGAAAUGUGCAUUACUACUGUUCAAGACCAUUAGUGUUGGUGUAGCACUUUAAUGUAAAAUAAUUUAUUUAGUUAUGGCAUAGAAUGUAGAUAUGAACAGGGGGGACAAAGCACUGAUCUCACUUUACAUGUAGCUAGUAUUGAUGUGCGCUGCGGGAAUGGGCAAAACUGUGAUUAAAAUAUUAACAUUCCUAUACAUUAUGGCAA